AUGGGGAAGCGGCCGCCGGUUGUAGUCCUCUCCUCUUCUUCCGACGAAGACGAGGGCCGGGGGCGCCGCGCGGCUAGCCGCGGCCCCUCGGCACGGAGGACAAGGACUCCUGCGACGGCGCCACCGCCGGCGCAUGCAACGAGCGGCUCGAGGAAGAAGGCGCGACGCGUGGGUAGCUCCGGGAGGGGGCGCCGUCGCGCUGCGGGCCCCGCACCGUCCGGCUCUCUAAAGGCUGAAUUUGAUAUGCUUUCUGAAGAUUUUUCUGAAUGUCUAAAUGACUUGGGCAUGGCAGGAUCUAUAUGUCAAACAGAAGAACUUUGGGUUGAAAAGUACAAACCAAACUUGUCAUCCGAGCUCGCAGUUCACAAAAAAAAGGUUGAAGAUGUAAAGAAAUGGUUGGAAGAAAAGCUGAAGGCACCAAAGGGAACAUUUGGAGGAUGGACUCUUGUCCUUACUGGCCAGGCUGGUGUCGGAAAAUCUGCAACCAUCAAAGCACUUGCUCCUGAACUUGGUGUCGAGAUAUGUGAGUGGACAGCUCCAGUACCGACACUAUGGACAGAACAUUUGCAUGCUAACUCAGGACUUCGGUAUAUAUCCAAGCUGGAAGAAUUUGAAAACUUUGUCGAGAAGAUACGGAAAUAUUCUUUACUUUCUCCAACCAGCAUUGGAUCCCAAAGAAAGCUCACUAUCGUCCUGAUUGAUGACAUCCCUGUAACAAGCGGAAGAGUUUCUUUUGCAAGAUUAGGAAAAUGUUUGACAGGUCUAAUUCAAAGUACUCAAGUACCAACUGUAAUUUCACUUACCCAAUAUCAUAAAACUGAGAACAACGAUACUGCAACUUGGAACUCUGAGGAUCUUGAGUCCUUACUUCAGAGUGCUGGUGCUCGUAAGAUUGCUUUCAAUCCCGUAACCACAAAUUCUAUCAAGAAAAUUCUUGUUAGAAUAUGCAAAAAAGAAGGCUCUGACUUAACUGAAGAAUUAUUGCAUCAAAUAGCUACAUCCAGUGGAGGUGAUAUCAGACAUGCAAUAAUGUCUCUGCAGUACUAUUGCCUUAAUCCAAGAAGGCUAAACUCUGCUUUGACAACAACUACCAUUCUGCCUGUUUUGAAGAGCAGUGGUACUCUAGUUCCAGUGCAAGAUGAUUAUGGUUUCAGCUAUGUAAUAUCUACCGCAUGUGGGAGAGACGAGACACUUUCAUUAUUCCAUGCAUUGGGGAAAUUUUUGCACAAUAAGAGGGACACAUAUGUCAAUGUCGCUGUAGAUGUGGAUUCGUUUCCUUUGAAAGAAAAACUAAGAAGAAAUCCACACAAAAUGGAAGUUCCGGAGAAAAUUUUGUCUCAAGCACAUGGAAAAGUACGGACAGUUGCUGAUUUUCUAUAUGAAAAUGUUCUUGAUUUCAUUGACAAUGAUGCUAUUGAUGAUGCAUGGACUGUGAUAUCAUAUUUGAGUGAGGCAGAUUGCCUUCUUGCUGGUAGUCCAAUUUCGUCUGCUCGUUGGAUGGUAAAUGAAUCAUAUGAAUCAGAAAGCAUGACACAACUUAUUGCAGCUUCCGUUGCAGCACGGGGAGUGCUUUUUGGAAAUGCACAUGUCUCAUCAUCCAGGUGGCAUACAAUCCGCAGCCCAAGAGUUUGGCAGAUUGAGCAGUCAUUUCGAUCCAGAAAGGAUCUGAUUCUUAGAGAAAGAUAUGAUUGUUCGAGUACAUCUGGUUCUCGCAAUUUCGCUGACAUAGUCACAGAAUUUAAACCAUUUGAGAGAUGGAUUAGUCCUUGUAAUGAUAUUUCUAGAAGUAAUUCCGUGGACCACAAUGUAGAAGCAAGCAGUUCUGAAGAAGAAGAGAUAGAAGACUGGUGAAACUGGUAAAAUUAUGUACCUGUGCACCAGAUCCUGGACUUCUGGAUAUCAGGAUGCAUUGCUAUCAUGAUGUAUACCUGCCAAAACAGCUAACCCAAAAGUUGUUGGUCGCUUACAGUGGCAUUGGUUGGUUUUGCAAGACUGCCUUUUUUGCGUACCGAAUCGAAAAGGCAGCUUGAAAUCAUUUUUUGGCUAUCAAUGGCUUGGAGUCUUUGUGAAGCAUAUUCAGCCUACGAAAGCAUUUUUUGGGAGUUCAAAUUAGACCGCUGAUUACUGGAGCUGGCCUUGGCGACAGCAUCGUUCUUAUCAAAAGUGACGAGGCUUUAGCUUUACUGCUUCACCAUGUUCAUAUCGAACCAAAUGUAACUCUAGAUUCUAAUUAUAUAGUAGUAGUAGUUAGCAAGUACUGGUUAGUAUUACUCUAUAAUGAUCCAUAGAGGACAUUAGAAACUGUUUGAUGCAAAGGCCAAAAUGUUUGAAUU